UCUUCUUUCUUCUAAGUGUGGCUAAAAUUGACCGUACCUAUGAAUCAUGGUCGUAUAUUGAUCAUGCAAUGUGCUGUCGACCGAUGCGUAAAAUAAACCUCCGAGUAUGUCGAUACGACAACUAAUCCAAUCGUUACCCGAUAUCGUCCGCGACUCGAGGCUCGACACCGAGAUUUUCGCCGCCUACACACAACACAUCGUUUACGUAUCCGGAAGCUCGGCUCGCGAAAGGCAUGUACCCAAAAAAGAGCGAUGGGUGCGCGAUCAAUUCCUCGGCCAGGGAGCCUAUGGGACAGUACAUUUAGAACGAUGCGAGCGAAAUGAUGGUACUACGAAAUUGAGGGCGGUAAAACAAAUUAAGAAGUACAAUGUAGCGGGAAAAGAGCUAGAGUAUAUGAGAGAGCUCGAAGCUAUCUCCAAGUUCUCACACAACCGGUACUCGCAUUGUUUUGUUCGUUCCGAUGGCUGGUUCGAGAACGAUGAAUCGGUGUUUAUCACCAUGGAAUAUCUUGAGAAAGGCGAUUUACAUAAGUACUUAACCAAGCCGUUGCCAGAAUUAGAAGCUAGAGCCAUCACUUCUCAAGUUUUAGAGGGUCUCAAGUUCAUGCACGAAAACGGCUUUGUACAUCGAGAUCUCAAGCCUGGGAACAUCAUGGUGGUCACCACAGGUCCAGAGUGGUUUGUCAAAAUUGCAGAUUUUGGAAUUAGCAAAAGAAGGCAGCAAGACGUCACAAGCAUGCAUACUCUACAGAUGGGGACAUUAGGUUUCGCGGCACCAGAGACAAUGGGAUUUGGACUGGGUAGUGAAUCGAGAUCUUACACGGCUGCUGUAGACCUCUGGUCACUUGGCGUAUGUGUCUAUAUGAUGCUCCUAAACGAUCUCCCUUUCCCGAACAUCGCCGAAUUAUUUCGAUACGCUAAUGGAAUUUUGAGCUUCCCCUCCCGAAGUCUCCAGUCGCAUUCCGUUACAGACCAGGGCCAACAAUUCAUCGCGGCUCUGAUGUCUCCUGAUCCUAUGGAUCGUCCUUCCUCUGAAAUGGCGGAUAAACAUCCAUGGAUAACGACAAGCUUUCCCGUUCAACUAGCGGACAUCAAGCAUGGAGACACAAUGUUAUCAGCAGCUUCGGCUACCUGGAGCUCUAUCUCUGAACCAAUCGUCGAACAACCCGAGAAGCUAGUCGAAGCAGAUACGAAAAAGCUAAUUGAAGAGCCUAUCGAAAACAAGACAGUGGUACUCCUAGAAGAGCCUGAAGAGACUAUUCCAUCUCUUCAUUAUCGUCCUCCGUAUGUUGACAGCUGCGAUGACGAACAAGAAGAGACCAACAGAGAGCCACUACCUCCUGGUUCCCCUUACGUGUUAGAUGACGCAGAUUCUUCUAAUACUUCUUUACCAAUUAUAUCUGAAGACCUAGAAUCUCAUACACCUAUAACCCCGUCCUCAGACCUAGAUGGCAAACAUAUAACUAAACCUCUUGAGAAGUUAUUGACUUUACCAACUGGUAUCUCCGACGAACUAUUCACCCCGAACCUGGUUUCGCGUCCGAGAUCCCCAUAUUUCGUUCAGACGAGACAGAAAAUGGAUCUUUCCCACAUUUUAAAGCAUGGUCGUUCGAAAAGCACAACAGAGAACGAGCACAAAUUCGUAUCCGAUCACACCGAUGAUCUUAGGCCACAAUCGCCAAUCACAGUCGUACCACCCGGAGGCAACAUUGAGGACACCACUAAAAAACCCGUGAACGAAAGGCCUGAUAGAUCUCGAAUAACGGAUAAAAACAAAGUUGAUGACACGAUAAGCAAUGGGGGCAACGAAGAAGAUGAUAACAUACCAAAUGAUGAUAGCCAAUCCUUAGUACUUUUUACCGGAGUGAAGAGCGACAAGAAGAAGGUCGCAGCUAAAAUUGAUCCAGAAGCAUACCAAAGAGGCUUGCUUUUUGCAAAAGGAACUACAUAUAUACCAUGCGCCUAUUGCGAGUCUCAGUACCAUGUCUUUGGCGGCGAGAUCCGACUUGUUCCGUGCGGGCAUUGGAUAUGUCACUAUUGUCUCAUGGAGCGUUUUGCCCUCUAUCUAGUUUUGCCGGAGUUCGAGUUACAAUGCUGCGAUAAGGAUAUCACGCGGUCAUCAUUCAACAGAAUUCUGGUUGAUCCUAAAAUUAACCGUGCCUACGACAAGAGAAAUGGCCGAAAACACAGACCUACCAAACAAUUCAUCGCCUUCCUAGAUACCAAAGGAGUGUUGAGAAACCCGUCGAUCAGGGCGGAUAUCAAGGCUAUCACUGGGCUUGUCCUUUCCGAAGAGCAAGACUGGUACCCUUCACCAGAUGAAUCCCAUCCUCCCCCCAAAAGAAAACGUAGCACUAAACCGAAACGGACUUAUUAUAAUGAUACGUCAGAAUAUUGGGACAGCGACCCGGAUCCCCCAAUGGUUCAGGAUGACGAGCAGCAUCUUGCGGGCUAUAAACAUGGGGAAGCAGAUGUAAUAACACAUCGCGCAGGCCAGCCCGGCCGUCUCUCACGCGAAGGAGCUUCUUACACAGACAUAUACUCGUGGCGAGAUCAGAUCCCUGUUCAGCCUACCCGACCCCCCACGCUCAAAAAAACGUACCAUUAUGUCCGGGCGUGACAAGAAUAAGGAGAGAAAAGGAAAUGGGUUCAUAACAACAUCUGUAAAUAAUGAAAAAAGGUGAUACAUCAAUAAA